AUGAAUGCUCUGGUGAUUGAUGUAAAGACUUGGCCUGACAAUGCAAAUGCAAAUUUGCGUUUUUUAAAAUGUGAUGUUGGUCAGCUUAUAAAUGGGUGCACUAAUUAUGAGAAAACUAUGUGGGAAAGAAUUGAAAUGGAAUUAGAACAAGUAAAUGUUAAAAGCCUUGGAUUCGACCAUCCAAUAUGCUCCGGAGUUCUUGAUAUCAAAUCCGAACCUUUUACAAAGAUGCCUGAAUCAUUUUGUGAUGUUUUUAAGAAACCUUUCCAAAAGUAUAGAUUAGAUCAAAAUGAUAUAAUGACAAAUAUUUGUAAAGAGUUCAUUCGUAUUGAAAAAUUGAAGAUUAAUGCGGACGAUGAUUUAAGUAAUGUUGAAUAUGGCAGAUGGUUAGAUAAUUCUGAGAAGCUUCAAAUAACGUCUAAACAGAUACUAGAAGCAUUGCUUAAAGUCCGGAAAUCACCCAAGUACGACACCUAUUCAAAGAAAGGGAAACCGGUUAAUGAAGAGUCAUAUGUUUGCAAAGUACUUGUGCCUCUAAUAAACAUAGCGAUGAAUGAUUUACCUGGGAACCCAGUUGUAUGGGAUAUAUACUAG